CGGAACGCUGCCUGGCCAAGGUGACUGACACCCGUGUGGGCCAGCGUUUUCCCCGACACAACGCACAGAGAGAGCGCUGCUGGCGUAACUUAAUGACGCUGCGUGUGAAGCCUAUUGUCGGCGCAUCGCACUUAUCCGGAAGCCCAGCGGAGAAGCUGCACGCAAGAGAUCACGCAUAGACAUGUCGUCUGUACAGGCAGCACCAGCACCAGCAUCAUCCCAUCCGGGACCACGACCACAGCCAGCAAGCACACCUCCACCCGCGGACGACUCGGCAGCUGGUAAAGAGAACACUCAUGACUCGUCAAACCUUCCCAGCGGCACCAGCAGUAGCACCAAGAGGGCGUCGUGGAACCUCGACGCUCCAGUCUAUGUCCCACUAGAAGGGUCAGGACCCAAACCGCAAUCGGUCGGCGGAGCCCAAUCACGAGGUGGUCCUCCGUUCAGACCUCGUUCACUUGGUCGUAGGCCAGGCAGAGGAGCCAACCGAGGCUCGCCAUUCGCACCUUCGCAGUACGGUGGCCCAGCGCAAGUGCCGGCGUAUUAUGCGGUCCCGCCAGUUCAACCGGUCUACGCGACAGUGCCUGGUGAAGGAGCAUAUGGGCAGCCAGCAUCUUCAGUAGCACUGGUAUACCCGGCCACACAAUAUGCGGCAUACGAUCCCAAUGCCAUGUACAUGGCUGGCUUUAGCUCGGCGUCGAAUUUCGAACAAGGUACGGUCCCAUAUGUUUUCACCGACGAUUACGAUACCCCUGUCAUGUACAAUCAAAGUCAAGAUAUUGACUAUCGGACGGGCACGGAAUCCGACAAUCAGUCGAUCGCGGGUUCCAUCGGCGCGUCUUCCGACUAUACGCACGCAGACUCGUCCAUUUCAUAUAUGGGAUCCAUAGUCACGCAAGCGUCAAUGGGAAGCGGUGGUCGCCAAUCUGGACCUGGUGGAGGUCGAAGGAUAGAUCGGAAUCACAGAGGCUACGCCGCCAAGUCAAACUCAAGCGCUUCAACUCCGCCGGGUUCUCAGAACUCGUCGAAUACGGAAGAGAGGAGGAUGGAACAAAGACAGAAACAGAUCGACUAUGGGAAGAACACCGCUGGAUACCAGAGAUAUAUAGCAAUGAUCCCAAAACAAAGGAGAAAGAGAUCGGAUCCAGAAACACCGAAGAAGGAAACAAAAUGCAGUAAAAGAUGCUGGGACGGUCUUAUUCGCCAAUGGCGCCGGGAGCUUCACGCUUGGGAUCCACCGGAGGGUACUAGCGAGGAACAGACUGGCUGGGACUUACCAGGCAUGACACAGCAAAAGCCACGGCAGUCAAGUUCGCCGUUUGAUCCAUCUGCCAGACCAAUGAAUAUGUCAGAACCGCCACAACCCAUCGAUACUCGUUGGAGUAAGCCAUUGGCUGCAAGGAACCUUUUCGAUGACACGCCGAACCUAACCAACCCAGGCUUCCCGUCUUGGGCCGACUUCUCACUUGACGAGCUGGACCAAAAGUUUGCCAGAAAGCUGCGACCGAACGAGACGUUUGAAGGGUUUGGACUGAGCCCGCCCAAACGCGACACUCAGUACUCGUGGGCGCAGUUCGACAUUGAGAAGCUGGACGAGAAGUUUGGGCACAAGCUCCGGAUUUCGGAGGCGGUGGAAAUGGCUUGGGGGUAGGUGUCUGUGUACUUCUCCAGGUCUAUUGUCCACACUAAGUGAUGUCGUCAUUAGCGCUGUGGCCUCUCAGAAUCUUUCAGAUUCGCCAUUUACCCCGUCGCCUCGGUCUAAAGUCCUUGCGUCUCCAUUCAAAGAACCUACUCCGGUUGGUGCACACCUCUUGUCGCCGAUUUCCAAAAUUAACGAGGUUCAGUCACACUCGGUU